CCACCCGGUAACAGAAACACCCCCCAGAUCUCUCUCAUCCCUCUCCUCCGGCUCUCUCUCCCCUCUUCAAAUCCCCCAAAACCCUAACCCUAACCCUAAAUCUCGAAGAAACCAAACAAUCAGCAGCCAUGGUGCUCGGCCAAUUGGGCGGGAGCAUCUCCCGCGCUCUUCAGCAGAUGAGCAACGCGACCAUCAUCGACGAGAAGGUUCUCAGCGACUGCCUCAACGAGAUUUCCCGCGCUCUUCUUCAGUCCGAUGUUCAGUUCAAGAUGGUCCGCGACAUGCAGACAAACAUCAAGCGGAUUGUUAAUCUCGAUGAUCUCGCCGCUGGUCAUAACAAGCGGAGGAUCAUUCAAAAGGCUGUGUUUGAUGAACUUUGCAAGAUGUUGGAUGCUGGGAAACCUUCCUUUACACCCAAAAAAGGAAAGACAAGCGUAGUAAUGUUUGUAGGUUUGCAAGGUUCUGGAAAGACCACAACUUGUACGAAAUAUGCAUAUUAUCAUCAAAAGAAAGGAUGGAAACCUGCUCUCGUUUGUGCUGAUACAUUUCGAGCUGGUGCUUUUGAUCAGUUAAAGCAAAACGCAACCAAAGCUAAAAUUCCUUUUUACGGAAGCUACAUGGAAUCUGAUCCUGUAAAAAUUGCUGCGGAGGGUGUGGAGAGGUUUAAGAAAGAAAACUGUGAUCUGAUUAUUGUAGAUACAAGUGGACGGCACAAGCAGGAAGCUGCCCUCUUCGAAGAAAUGCGUCAAGUUUCAGAAGCAACGAAACCCGACCUUGUGAUAUUUGUCAUGGAUAGCAGUAUCGGUCAAGCUGCAUUUGAUCAAGCACUCGCUUUUAGACAAAGUGUAUCAGUUGGAGCUGUGAUCAUAACGAAAAUGGAUGGGCAUGCAAAAGGAGGUGGUGCACUUAGUGCAGUUGCUGCCACUAAAAGUCCAGUCAUAUUUAUUGGAACUGGUGAACACAUGCAUGAGUUCGAAGUUUUUGAUGUUAAGCCAUUUGUGAGCCGGCUUCUUGGUAUGGGUGACUGGUCUGGCUUUAUGGACAAAAUCACUGAAGUUGUGCCUACUGAUCAACAACCUGAGCUUCUCCAGAAACUUUCUGAAGGAAGUUUUACUCUGAGACUUAUGUAUGAGCAAUUUCAGAAUAUACUCAAAAUGGGUCCCAUAGGCCAGGUGAUGUCUAUGCUGCCAGGAUUUAGUGCAGAGUUGAUGCCACAAGGUCAUGAAAAGGAGAGUCAAGCUAAGAUCAAGCGAUACAUGACAAUGAUGGAUUCAAUGACGAAUGAAGAGCUCGACACCACAAACCCAAAGCUAAUGAACGAGUCAAGAAUGAUGAGGAUAGCGAGAGGUGCAGGUCGGCCGCUGAGGGAUGUGAUGGACAUGAUGGAGGAGUUCAAGCGGCUCGCCAAGAUAUGGAGCAAGAUGAAGGGGCUUAAGAUCCCCAAGAAGGGCGAUAUGAGCGCUUUGUCACGUAACAUGAAUGCUCAGCAGAUGAGCAAGGCUCUCCCUCCUCAGAUGCUGAAGCAAAUCGGAGGAAUGAGCGGUCUUCAGAAUCUCAUGAAGCAGAUGGGCAAUAAAGAUUUGGGUGGACUGGGUGGAUUAGGGGGGAUGUUUGGUGGAGGAGAUAGGUAGUUUUGUUUGAUCUCAUCCAUUUAAGAGACUUUUCUGAUGAGCAAAGGAGACACUGCAGCUCAAUGAAGAGCAUAAUGCUUUACGGUCUGUGGUGUUCGAAAUGUCACUGUUAUGAUCUAGAGUGCAACAGGAAUUUUUUUUAAUAGAUCGGUUGCAAGGCUACCAAUUGAUGAUUUCUCUUAGAGCUAUUGAUUCUCAGCUGGAUGAGAUUUGUAUAAUUAUGGGUUAAAGUACCGUGUAGAGGGUGACACCGUGCGAAUAUUAUAGUGCAACAGCACUAAAUAUUGUUGUAGUUUAAUGAAAAUUAAGUCAAGAAGCGGAUACUGUGAAUAUUUUGUAUCUGAUUACGUGGUGGUUCGAGCUUUUGUUGGGAUUGCUGUUUGUUUCUUAGAGACACAACUAAAGAGAAUUGCUUUUUGACAUUAUUGACUAUUGUUGUCAUUGGA